GAUUGUGAAAUGAUUCUUUCUCUGAAGUUUUGUCGAUUAGUUUUUCUUUCUCGUUCACCUUCAAUUAUCUGUGGUGAUUGAAGUAACAGUAGCGUCAAUUAGGGAUUUCGUCGAUUGGUUUUUUCUUUUUCUUUUUAGGGUUCUGCUAAAUCUCUGAAGUUUGGGUUUUCUCAAUUAGUUUAGGGGGUUUUCAUCGAUUAUACAAGGGGUUUUGUUUUCUGUAGUUUCAAUUGGUGUUUUGCGGCUGUGAUUUUGAUCUUGUGAAUUUGAGGCAGUGGGGUUUCGUCGAUUGAAGAACUGGGGUUGUCAGGUUUCAUCUCUGAAGAGCUGCAAUUGGAAUCGUUUUCGAGAUUUCAAUGUCAUUCUUGUGUGUUGGCUUAAUUGGGGAAGGAGUGUUUGUUGAAUCUGAAUUGGGGUUUUCUUUGUGAAACUUUGAAGCAUCUGAUUUUGGCUUCUACGAUUGGCUGUUGCAGGAGUUGAGACAGUAGGAAUUUGAGGCAGUGGGGUUUUCAUCAAUUGAAGAAUUGGGGGAGUUUACAACUAAUAGUUCUCCAUCUUUUGUGGUGCAAUGGGUGUUUAAAACUACUAGUUCUUCAUCCAUUCCACCUGCACAACAACAAGCAGUAAUUGGUCUUCUGUAAGUGGUUUCUUUGUUCUGUAUAGGUGUUUGGUGUUGCAGAUUUUUAUAGAGGCAUUACAAUUCGAUUUAGCAUUUUGAGAUUUGGUUUCCUGUGUGAGUAUUUGUUUUUACAGCAUUUGGGGUGUUUGCAUUCAAAAUUCAAGGGUUUCUUCAGUGGUACAGGGUAAUUCAGUGCUUUGUGGUGUUUUAAAAUAGCUUCUUCUUUGAGCAGUUUUGGAGGUUUUGUGGUGUUUUAGGUAUCAAUUGUUUGAUUGCUGGGUGAAUUCGAAGCUGAUUUAGGAAGUGAUUUGGUUGUAAGGUAGAUGGUUACUGAGUAACCCUUUAUCCUCAGUGGUGCUAGUAUAAUUAGUGUUUUGGUAUAUGGUAAUUUGAGUUUUAAUUAGUGUUGAAAACCUAAAUUCCCAUACACUAAACUCUAAUUUUUAGUUAUAGGUAUUCAAUCACUUGUUUUUCCAAACCUAGGGUUGUUGUUGUGGUUGUUUGUAUACUACUUAGCUUUAUGACUAUAAGACGAUCUUCUAGAUCAUCAUCAUCUUCUCUGGAUGAUAAUGGAUCCUCUUCAAGAUCUGUUCCCACAUCUCAAAUGACAUAUGCAACAACACACGAUGGUCGGGCUCAUUGUCCAUUUACCAAUUAUGAUGGAUGCCGUGAUGGUUUCGGGGGUAGGGGUUAUGCAAGAACUUCAAUUUACAGACAUAUAAAAGAUAUGCAUUUCCCUAAUGAGGAAGCAAAGGAGAUCUGCAGAAAGCAGGUACGUACCAAUCUGGACUGCUACAAUGCUUGGGAAAAGGAGUUAGAUGAUAUGCAAUUGUGGUUGUGUAUGAAGUGUUUACACACACAUGUAUGGAUGAAAGCGUGUCGUGAUCCAAGUCAUAUUAGUGAAGUUAUCAAUGGGCCUUUCAACGACACUAGGGCUGAUUUAUGGUACUGCGAAACCUCAACCUCAACAUGCACUGAAUGCCGCAGAUGAUAGUACACCGAUUGAUGAGACUGUGGGUACCUUAACUGUUGAGAUGCUUGAUCUAAUUUUUCAACGAAAAAUACCAACUACAGUAAGUAUUCCCCCACCUUGUAGACUACAGUUCUCUAGAGCCUUGAAAUCUUCACUCGAUAAUGUGAUUGCUAAACCCUUAGAUUUAUAUGCAUGGUUGAAUCUGUUGUUGUUGCCUGUCUGCACUUUGAAUUUGUAUAUGCCUAAAAAUUCCAGUGAAGAGAGAUCAGGUGUAAGGAAGAAGUUACAGAUAGUUUCCAUCAACGAAGCACUUGCAACUUGGAAAGAACCUUACGGAUGUUACAGUUUGGUGCAAAAAGUUUUGGAGUUGUCCAAACCCAACCACCACCAGCAAAAACAGUCUGUCAGAAAGGUGAAGGAUGUCAAUCUUGAGGCCUUUAGAAGGAAGCUAAGCAGUGGUCUUUACACAGCCGCAAUCCUUGUUCUGUCAUCUGAUGGGGUUGCUCCAUCUACACCGGACAAAUUACAUGAAUUGCAAUUGAAACAUCCCUCUGCAGCACCUCCAGUCAUUCCAGCGGAUAAUCCCUCGUCAAAUGCAUUAUGUGUGGAUUCUAAAAGUGUCUUACAGGCUUUGAAGAGCUUCCCCAAAGGAACCGCGUGUGCUAGAGAUGGUCUUAGAGCCCAACAUUUUUUGGAUGCUCUCAGUGGUGCAGCUGCAUCUGUAGCAGAAGACCUCUUACAUUCUAUUGUGGGGGUUGUUAAUCUAUGGAUGGAGGGUAGAUGUCCUGCCAUUCUUAGUGAGUUUGUCGCAAGUGCACCAUUGACUCCUUUGCUCAAUCCGGGUGGUGGUUUGAGACCCAUCGCAGUGGGCACAAUAUGGCGAAGAUUAUGUUCCAAGUUGGCUGCAACUUUGGUGUGUAAAUAUUUGACUACAUACCUUGGCAAUCAUCAUUUUGGUGUCGGAAUACCAUGUGGUGGGGAAGCCAUCUUACAUUCAGCGAACAAGCUUGUGUAGUUGAAAGGUAGCCAAGAGAAUAUGACCAUGAUGCUCGUAGACUUCACCAACACAUUCAACAUGGUGGACAAGACUGUUUUAGUCAAUGAAGUUCGAUCCGAAUGUUCCAGCAUUGCAAGGUAGAGUUGAGAAGUCUAUACAUUUAAUGAACUCCAUUAAGAAGCUAAAAUACCCACAGAGUGAAUUACUUCUCUUGCGUAACUGCAAUGGAGUGUCCAAGUUGUAUUUCACUUUGCGUACAACUUCUCCCUUAGCACUGCAGUCUGCCACGACUUUGUUUGACACUCAUCUGGUUCAAUAUUUGAGGCACUUGGUGGUUGGUGAUGGCGCUGGUUUUGGGCUACUACAACAGAGAAUUGCUACACUUCCCAUUUCAGAUGGUAGAUUGGGAGUACACACCAUGGCAGACACAUCUAGGUACUGUUAUCUUGCUUCAUAUGCUCAAACACGAUAUUUGCAAAACACUAUGUUGCAGGGUGGAUCCAUAUCUGAACCCAGUCAGAGCUUCCAUCACACAUUGCAGGCAUACAUUCAGGUUUGUGGUCUUCAUCCUUAUGAUUUCGAUAUUAAUACUGUUGCCCCCCAUUUCAUGAAGUCACUGGCGGCUCGUUAUUUUGCUGAAAUCAUGAAGAAUUUGCCCAUCAACUUCGUUAUCUGCAAGAGAUGCUGCACUUUGGCAAUGUAAUAAAGUUGUUCAUGCUAUGUAUUUUAUCAAGGCUAUACCCAUUCAGGGCUUGAAUCAAUCUAUUGGGCCUCGGCAAUUUCGUGCAGUUUUGAGUUACAGAUUAGGUAUUCCCAUGUUUGCAGCUAACAGUUUGUGUACUUUUUGUAAAAGGGAUAUGUACAUAUAUGGUGAUCAUGUUGUUCAUUAUGCCAGCGAAGUCGGUGGUAAGUUCCGACAUGAUAUGGUACGUGAUACUUUUGCAGACAUAUGUUAUAAAGCUAGUGUUGCAGCUCGUACAGAGGUUCGUAUGGGUUUCUUGCCGGAUUCCGUUAAAGCUAUGAGGCCUGCAUAUUUGUUGGUUUAUAACUGGGACAAUGGCAGGGACGUUUGUUAUGAUGUCACAGGUACCUCCACAUUUACUAGUGCCCGAACUACUUCCUUUACCCCAUUCCAAGCAAUUUCGGAUGCAGUCACUCGCAAGCGCAAUAAGUACUUGGACAAGUGAUUAACACAUGGAUAUGAGUUUGGGGUGUUGGCUUUUACUACAUUUGGUGAGUUAGGUGAUGAUACUUGUGUUUUUUUGAGAAGGUUGAGGAACUAUCUUGCUAGUCAAGAUGCCAAUUGUAAAGUAUGAGGGUCUGUUUUUUAUAGAAUAGGUAUUAUUAUUCAAAAGGGAGUCGGUGCCCAGAUUGUUGCUAGGCUACCAACACCCUCGAUGUAAAAACUGUCUUUGUAAUAUAUUAUUUCCUAUUAAAAGCCUUA